AUGAUGGCCCUGUUCACGGCGUCCUCGAUCCAGUCGGCCUUUGUUGAGCUGUCGGCAGAUCUGGGCGUCAGCGUACAGCGGACGAGCUACCUGGUAUCCAUCGUCAUCGCCGUCCUCGGCGGUGCACCUCUGCUGUGGAGGCCCAUCUCGCACACGUACGGCCGACGGCCGGUCUUCCUCGCCACGCUGCUGUGCAGCCUGGUGGGCAAUGUCGGCUGCGCCGUGUCCCACUCGUACGGGACUAUGGGUCUCUGCCGGGCCAUCACCGCCUUCUUCAUCUCUCCCGCCAUGGCGUUCGGGACCGCGGUCGUGCAGGAGACCUUCUUCCGCCAGGAGCGGGCCCGGUUCAUGGGCGUCUGGUCGUCCAUGCUGACGCUGGGGGUCCCCGUCGCCCCCCUCAUCUUCGGCUUCGUCGCCGAGAGGGUAUCGUAUAGAUGGAUCUUCUGGACGCUCGCAAUCACCAACGGCGUGCAGUUCAUCCUGCAUGCCCUCCUGGGACCCGAGACCCGGUUCGAGCCCGCCAGCGAUGUACCCCUCGAGCGGACGUCCAGGUUCAGGCGGGAGUACCUCAGCUUCCGCCGCAUCGACCAGACCCCUCUGAGGCUCGCCACGUUCCUCUCCCCCCUCCGCCUCGUCACGUACCCCAACGUCAUCCUGCCGGCAGCUGCCUACUCCAUGGUCUUCCUGUGGGGUAGCGUCAUGACCACCUUCGAGAUACCCCAGAUCUUCCCGGAGAAGUUUGGCUUCGGCCCGGAGAAGGUCGGGCUCCAGUACAUCGGGAUCAUCGUCGGCACCAUCAUCGGGGAGCAGAUCGGCGGCGUCAUGUCCGACAAGUGGAUGCUGGCGCGCGAACGGAAGGGGAACUCGCCGCGGCCGGAGCACCGCCUCUGGCUGAGCUAUGUCGGCUACGCGCUGAGCAUCUGCGGCGUUGCCGUCUUCCUGGUGCAGAUCGACCGAGCCUCGGAUGAGUGGAACGUCACGCCCAUCAUCGGCGCUUCCAUCGCGGCGGCGGGGAAUCAGAUCGUCACGACGAUCCUGAUCACCUACGCCGUCGACUGCUAUCCGCAAGAAGCGGCCGCGAUCGGCGUCUUCAUCACGCUGGUGCGGCAGUGCUGGGGGUUCAUCGGUCCGUUCUGGGCUCCGGAUCAGUGUGGUUGUGAUAGCAGCUCUGAUACUAGGAGUGUCUAUACUGCCCACGACGCUGUUACAGUGGAGAGGACGAUACUGGCGGAACAAGACGAAUAG